AUGGCUGGAAAAUUUAAUAUUUUUGUGAUUGUGGUGUUCUUAACAGUGAUUGUAAAUCAAGGAUAUUCAUCACCCGCUUUUGAUCGCGGUGCUAAGCUUCUUCUCCGCAUUCUCACACCAAAUUCUAUUGCAUAUCCAAAGCAAUACAGAAGAGUAUUGAAAUAUUUGAGGAGGAUAAAAUUAGAGCCACUAACUAAACCUUCUCUUAGGACGGAUGGGAAAAUAUACAAAAUGUGCGGAAAGUUCAAUAUCAAAGGGUUGAAAAAGUUUUGCCAAGUGGAAAUUUCAACAACAUUGAAAGAAAUCACUGCGAGAUGUGGAACUGAUAUCUUCAAGUCAUUGUGCCAAUAA